GGCUAUUUGAAUUAUAGUAUUUUAUAUUUAUUCAUAAACGCAUGACAUUGAAAAAUUUAUAAACAGUUUUGGAUACAAUAACAUUGUUGUCAACAUGGAAGUUGCUCCAAUGGGUAAUUUACCUUGCAGCAAAGAAUUAUGGUCCAUAAUAUCAGGUACAACGUGUUGUUGUGCUAGUGAUACUGUGGAAGACGAAAUAAAAAAUAGUACUGUAUUACUCAAGGAAGGACUCCAAUUUUUCAAGCCGUAUACAGAAGAAUCAUUACAAAGUAUUUCUAAAAGAAAUCCUCCUCCUCUUUCCCAGAUGUAUGAUUUGAUUAGUAAACUUGCUCCACUUCUUAAUUUAGAUGUUGCAAUUACAUGGGAUUUGGUAUGCAAUUUUGUCUCCUAUGAAUAUAGAAAUUGCGCAGAGACUUUUGCAUCGCAACUCUCGGAUCUUACUUCCAUGAAAAUCCUAAUCGAUGAUAUUUGGAACUUUUACUACUCUGAGAGAGUGACUUUGAUUAAAUGCCUUAAACUCAUGAUUGAGUAUAAAAAUAACGAAAGACAUCCCCAUCACAAAGAAUUUGCAAAAUUUUUUGAUAAAAUUUUGAUGGGAAAUUUACUUGAGUCUAUACGAAAACAGAUAGAAGUAUUAAAGUUUGUAAACCCGCCUAUACGAUCGCCAUUAUGUACAGAAGAUCAUUUGCAUAGAUUGUACAAUAGUACUCUGAUUGAAAUGCGUGAAUUGCUUCAUAUACUGACUGUGAUUGUACAUGAUAUUCAUGUUGCUGAUAAUGAUUUUCCCAAAUUUUAUGGAAGUAUUGGGGGUGAACCUAGACGAUUAGCAAGUACAAAGAGCCAUGAGGAUAAGGAAGCUAUCACUAAAAAAAUUGAAGAAAUACAAUAUAGUCAGGUAGCUUUGCUACUUGUAGCACUGGAUAUCAGGAAACACACUGCUAUGGAAGACUGGAUAAAUAGUGUAAGAAGUAAUAUGCAAGAAACUUUUGAGCACAAAUGCGUCCGUGAAAGUUUACCACAAGAUGGACCCCUGCUUCUGUCAUGGAUGCUGGCUAAUUACGCAAUUGAUCCAGAUAACAUAGACAUAUUAAACCGUUUCAGACCCUUCGGAAUUAAGGCUAUACAGCUCGAUGUAUUCCACUAUCUAAAAGAUUUAAUGAACUCUGAGAUGAUUCAAGAAGAGACUCACUAUGCCGAAGUGGCGCGAAGUAGUGUUUACAAUCUUCUCACUUUGGUGUGUGCCUUCAUCGAUGAGGACCGAUUAAGCGCUUUGAAUGGUAUCUUCGACGCGAUGGCUGCCACAGUCAAGUUUCCAGAAUGUGCAGCUCGAUUCUGGGAUGAGCGGAAUGACGGUUUAUGGCCAAUUUAUAAGGUUGCAGCCGAAUUAUAUCCCUACAAGUUCGAACCUCUAACCAGCAUAGCCAUCGGUCUGGCUUCCACGACAAUUGCAAGCACUAAUAAGAUCAUCUUGGAAUUGGAUAAUCUGCCAUCACUGACUUUAGAGGUUUCCCGCCAAAGAGAUCAUAACAAGCCGUUACAACCGUAUAAAGCGGAAUGCAUAAUUCAAAAGAAUUCCUUCACCAUACCGGACGAUUGCAUCCGCGAGAACAUUUUUGUGCUGUCGAACGAGAAGGAAGUAGUUUUAUUUCGUACAAAGGCAAACUAUUGGGAAGCUCUGCAUCAUAAGAUAGAACAGUUAUUUUCUCAAGCGAGCGGCGGAAUUGCAAACAUCAGCGCAGUGAUGACUGAUUUACCGGAGAACGUUUGUCAAGGUCUGAAGCUGUUGGAAGCAUUAUUGGCCAAAGACAUAGAGAUACCGUUGAACAUGGUGACCCCCACGGAACUAAGUUUCGAAAUCGUUAAUCGGUUCUCUUAUCCGGUACUGCCGACCAACUUAUACAGAAUUGUCGCAGUGUGCAUCAGUCUUUCGUCCAAAUUGAUCUUGAGAUAUCCCGAGGACAUCCUCUUGCGGAUGCGAUCUAGUGUUUAUCCGAAGUUCAACAACUGGUAUCAGAAACCAGCAGACUUCGCGGAAGCGAUCUCCUUCGACGGUGGCCUCGUGGCGUCCUGGUUAUCGGGGAUAGAAACUAUCGAGCACACUUAUCCCAUUCUGCGCGCGUUCCUUGACACGCUAUAUAAUUACCUAAUCACCAAACACAGCAAAGAAGCUAUGUACAAGAUCGAAAUACCAGGUAUGGUAUUUCUACUGCAAAGUGUGUUACCCAAACUAGAUUCGUGGUACUUCGAGUCGAACGCAGAGAGAAUCGACCUGUGGCUGAAGAGUAUGUUCUGCAUCCAUCGCGCUCUGGACUCAACUCUGCCCAAGAACGACAUCCGCAACGAGCUGCAGCACGUUGUAGUAUAUAGCCUGCUUUACUUGGAGCCGCGUCACGCGCUAUUGAAAUUAAUCCGGACGGGUGAGCGCACAUUGCACAACAAAAUGAUAACGGAAACGGACUGGAUCAGCGGGAAAGGAUUCAAGACUACCAAGAGCGUGGAACUGGCUCUAUCGAUAGUGAAUAGACUGUUGAUGUUCAGGAAAUCCCUGGGUCUAGAACGGGGCGAUAGAUCGCCUCUCGAAAUCGCUCUGUAUUCGUCCCCGUUGGUGCCCAACGGGCUCUUAAUAGUUCCGACCAUCGUUAAUUAUUUGUAUGUUUGGUUCAGCCCUUCGUUGCAGAAAAUGGCGGUUAGAUUGUUGAAGAAGUUUGCGGAAGAAUUUUCUAUGUCGCUACUCGUCUGCAUGGGGAUGGAUGGCACAUCCAUACGGGAGACCUUCGCGUUCCGAUUGACGUUGCCGACGUGUGCAAUCGACGUGAAAGUCGCCAUUCUGGAAUUGGUCGCUGUGUGCUUGGAAAAGCAACCCGGCCUGACAGAGGCCCUUUUUAACAUCAUGCAUCAAGCGGAAUGCAAGAGGAUCUUUCCACGACCGGCCGAUGAGUUUCUCACAGAAGGCUGUAGCCAAUUUCUGGACUCCUACUUGGAACGGAUGUCUAAGGAAGACGAUAUCGUGUGCGACAAGUUGUACGAUAGUACGAUGACAGUGAUGCGCGCCAUGUGGUAUCAUAGGAACGAGAUCCUCGUGAACUUCUUCCGGAAGCGGGAGAAGUUCUGGAGUUACCUGUUUGCGCCACUUUUCAAGACUCUGGUGCCCGGUGCGAAAGGUUAUUCCCAAUUGUUGGACAUAAUCACGCUGGAGUUGUACAAGAGUCCGUUGCUCGAGAACAACUUCUCGAAAAAUCUCAAGGAAUUUUUGGACAAAUCUCACGACUAUUGGAAGAAGUUGGCGAUGUAUGUCCUCGAGACUUCCAGCGAUGAUAACAAAAUCGAGGAAGAUCGUACAAAACAAGAUAAGCACAUGGACCCGUUGUACGAAAUCAAUUUAGAAUCAUGGUACCAUUUCAUCGUUAUGCUUACCGAUGAUCGAACUGCCAAAAACUAUCCGAUCAACGUGUCGCAGGCACAUCUUCUGAGCCAACUGGCUCUGGACUCUUUAUUAGAGCGGGUGAAAGAACCUAACGAUCCCAGCAGCGGUAAAAUCCCAAUGUUGCUGGCGUCUUUGUCCCUGAGGUGCAUCACCUCUUGGAAACAGAUGUGCGUCGGUGACUCGAGGAUCUUCAAGAACAGGUUAUCGCAGCUUACGCAGGAAGUAGCGCAGACCUACCGUGGCUUCGGGAAGGCCUUGCGGCAGACGUUGAUCUCGUUGCUCCUCGGCUGCGUGCAGCUGGUGAAGAGCACUUUGGCCGAGGACUCGGCGAGCCUCGAGUAUCUCUUGGCACAUUCCUGUACGAUCGCUUUCAGCGAACUGGAGGAACUAAAGGACGCCGCUCGCCGGCUGGAACACCGGAAGCAACAGCUUUCCGUCGACUUGAAGACCGACGAAAAGGACACGCAGAAGAAGGCUGACUACAACAACGCGGAGGUGCUACGUGGUAUGCGGGAAAGUCUGCCGGCGACGUUGGCUAUCUGUUUGGUGACGCAGUUGUUGCGUUCCUACGUCGAGCGCAGCGCGAGCUCCAAGCACUGUCGAAGAGCCAAUUGCGUGCAACUCCGUCAGAUGAUACCCGAGCUGAUGGCAUGCAUCGGUAAUACCUUACAAAAAUAUCCUUAUCUGAAGUUCAGCACAGCCGCGUUGAGUCUGCUCGGAGUGAUAUCGCGUUCACCGUACUGCCCACAUCCCAUCAAUGACAAUGACAUCACGAAACUGUGGCUCAGCUUGAUCCCGCCGGCGGACAUCGCUAACAGCAUGCUCGACUCGUUGUACGACGACUCAACGAACGGUCGAUGGCGUUGCCAAGAUUGGUGGCCGCUCUACACGUUGGGCCUGGAGUUCCUCAUCGGUCUGGUCACCAGCGAGUCGCAUAUGAUUUACACGGAUCACGUGAUUUUGUUCUUAAAUUCCCAUGAGCACCAGUUGAUGGUAGUGUCCACGUUGCUAAGACACACCGCCGAUCUGUUGGCUGCCGACCUCAUACAAUCGCUGGUCGCUCUCAUCCAUACGAUCGCCACACAGACGUAUACCUGGAACGCGAUUCAGCCGAGCGUACGUGAGACCCUCAUCAAGUGCAUGUACUUGGCCUACGACAGCACGGUGAACUUGUUGCUAAGGCCGCGGAUACUGAAAUUCAUCAUCGAUGGCAUAAGCGUGGAAAGCGCCGAAGAGCUUGAGUCCUGCGACAAUCGGCUGCCGAGCGGCGAGCUAAAGCUGCUGGUGAACAAGCUCAUCGUCAUCAAUACCACUUGCGCCUUGACCUUUGUCCACUUCUCACCAAAGCUGAACACCCUGGUGGACACGAUAUACACGCAAGAUUAUUGGUAUACGCCGAUGGCGGAGAUGAACUUCGGGCCGCCGCAGAUGAGCAUGAGCUCCGGCCCGCGGCUCACUUACGGGACGAUCAUUAGUUCGACCCAGCUGUUCACUCAGGCUCUCCACUCUCGUUCACAACCGACUGCUUCGUUACCGGUUUCCACCUCGUCAUUCACCUCGCAGCCCGGCCGUGAGGACAAGACGGAUUCCGCGAAGAAGGAAUGGGAACGCGCCGCGCCGGAGAACCUACGGCGUAUGCACACCAGCAAGGAUCUUAGGAGGAUCCUUCACGCGGCUUCAGGCUCCACGUCUAGGACAUCUGCAAGUCUCGGUGGCGAAUUCUUGGGAUACGUCAGUGGCCUGGACGUCACCGUACCGUUGCUCAGCAGUCCUAGAUUGGUACGUCGCCCAUAUGACCCACUGAUCUGCGAGAACACCAUACUCUCGAGAGCGACCGCCUUGGCCACCGGCAGGCACGUUACGAAGAGCAGCGGCGGUGGGGCCGCCGGUACCGGCAACGGUAGUCCGAACAUAGCGAGGAACCAUAGAUUCAGCGACCCGUGGUUCGAGUCCAUGGACGAGAACAACACGCGACUGGCGUUGGAGAUCAACUUGAUCCUGAUAUUGUCCCAGGCGCUGGAAGGAGUGAAGAGCCCCAGGCUCGCUUUGCGCGACCGUCAGCUCAUAGCGCGAGAGACCGCCACGGAGCUGGGGGUCUUCUUUGAUUUUCUCGAGCACCGCGGCACCCCCGAUAUCUGGCAGGUAAAAGGUUCCUUGAUAGAUGCGGACACCAAGAGCUCCAGGACGAUUCACAGCACAGACGAUUUGGCGCAGAAGCAUUUACCGGCGAGGCUCCAAGAGUACAGUACUGUCGACAAGGCACCGGUAUGCUCGCCCGAUCAUGAUGACUCUUCGAGUACGGAGAUGGGCCUUAGUGAGGUACGAGAGAGGAGACUCGACGAUAGUAUCCUCACUACUGGUGCGUUUAAAGCGAACGUCAGCAGCGUGCAGUUUUUACCGUUAAUGGGGAAAUUGCUGAAGACGGUUGUGGAGUUGUUGGAUUCGGCACAGUUCCGAUAACGGCUA